ACGCUCUAUGUAGUUGGACAGACAGUGCAAGUUGGACAAGCAGGUGAGUGCUCUAUCAUUGGCGGGACAGGUGAUCUUGCGAUGGCGCGUGGUGUAGUCAAGGUGAAAUUCCAUGGAGCAGUAAAGGAUGGAAACACAUGGGAGCUUCGCUUCCAUGGAUUUUGUAGCAUGCAGAGCUUGCCCACUCUCACAAAGACUGGUCCAUGGGGUGGACAUGGUGGUUCAGUUACGGAAUCAGAACAACCAUGGCGCAUAGAGAGUAUGGCAAUCAUCCAUGAGGGGAUAAUUGCUAUGUUUUCAUGCAGUUACGUUGACCUAUCUGGCAAGAGGCGUACCACAGGUUCUUGGGGUGGUGGUAAUGGUAUCCGCACAAAGGUUGAGCUGGGGCCUCGGGAGAUUUUAAAAGCAGUGUCUGGAACAUAUGUCAGCCUUAACAAUGGGCAGACUGUUAUUGAGUCACUUAAGUUUGUCACCAACGAAGGAAUGUACGGACCAUAUGGCCGUACAACUGGUACACCUUUCAACGCUGACGUGCCGAAAGACCAAAGCAUCGUCGGGUUCUUUGGGCGUGCCAACGAUAGGCAACUCAUCGCGUUUGGUGUUUACACGGUCUGAAUUAUGAUAGAGCCUGCCGACGGUGACGCGGGCAGUUUCUGUUUUAUUUCAACCAAGCGUACGUGUUUUACUUUGUUUUAUUUAAUAAGAUAGAUGAACUGUCCAUCAGGACCUCCAUGUUGGAGUUUUAAUUCGCCCCCUGUAUCUGGGUGCGUGCUUUGUCGUCACUUAUUAUGUCGAGUAAAUCUAUUAUGUUUGAUGAGAAAUAAAGUUCCCCCGUUCAGUGA